UGGCUGUUUUAAGAAGAUUCUCCAGACCACGGCCAUGAGCAAGAUGCUGGUGGCCGUGGGUCCCUACAGACAAUCUCAGCCAAGCUGCUUCGAUCACAUGAAGAUGGGCUUUGUGAUGGGUUGUGCUGUAGGCAUGGCGGCCGGGGCACUCUUCAGGACCUUUUCCUGUCUCAGGAUCAGAAUGCGGGGUCAGGAGCUGGUGGGGGGCAUUGGGAAAACCAUGACGCAGAGUGGCGGAACGUUUGGUACAUUCAUGGCCAUUGGGAUGGGCAUCGAGGCUAACCAUGGCAGUGGCUGCUCACUACAUUUUCUCCUCAAUCCCAGCCCAUAUGAUAUAAUAAAGCAAAUUCUUUGAGUAGUAAAAAAAAAAAAAAAGAUUCUCCAGGUUAUGAUCAAAGCCUAGUGCCAAUUUCUGGAAUUUUCUUUGAAUGUCUGGGGCCACUUGAAUGAUAAAUUUAUCUUUUAAAAUAAUCUGGCCCCCUAAGGAGUUGGGUGUAAACUGAGUGUGUUGCUUUCCUAAGCCACUCAAGAAAGGCUGAGGGACUUUCAUUUUGCUCCUGGUAAACAGACAACUUAGGGCCA